UACAAACGCCACCUUGAUGGAAAUUUCUAUAAACGUUUUUAUUUUCAUUUUGUACAGUUUGUUUAUUUUAUAUUUGCAGCAUUUUGUGAACAGAUAUACGGAAUUCGUACGCAGUCUUUAGAUAAUCAUGCUGGGACUGCAAUCCUACGGCAGCUCAUCCGACAAUGACUCGGACAACGAACAAAGCGAGGAAGCUGCCAAAGAGUUGACCGCGCAUUUGCAGCCCGUGGACAAAACCCAUUCGUUGUCCACAACGCUGGCCGUUUGUGCAGCGCCCGACGUCGUGCCAAUGGGAACCGCAGCCGUGCCACGAACGCUGGACCCCACGCUCAAGGAAGUCACCUACAAUCCACGCUUCGAAGAAAUGUAUGCGCCCGUCCAGGGCCCAGAGCAUCCCAACUUGACAAUGCAGCAACGGGCGCCGCGCAACACGCUAGCUGGCUAUGUCGAGAAGGCGCAUAUAAAUGCAUUUGAAUUCGAGAACCAGCGACGCACCUUCCACACCUAUGGCUAUGCCUUAGAUCCCACGGUGGACAACGAAGCCGACGGACAGUCCUUUGUGGGUGAUCUCCAGUCCGCCUACGAUGAUAAUGGCAAGACGGUCUUCGAGUCGCCAAAGCCAAAGAAGAUGCGCAAACAGGAGAAAAACGAUAAUCCAGAGGACAUAGAAGGCUUUCUCGGACCAUGGGGAAAGUACGAGAACGAGAUAAGUGUGGCCAAGCCCAACGAACAGGAGCGAGCCGAGCUGGACGAACUACUCUCCAAGAGACACAAACGCGGACGCAUACCCGAGGACAAGCCACUGGAAGAGAAGUCCACGCUGCACAUCAAGGAAGCCUACGAUUACCAGGGCCGCUCGUAUCUGCACGCGCCACACGAUUUGGGUAUCAAUUUGCGCUCGAAUGCGCCGCCACCGAAAUGUUUUCUGCCCAAGGCCCACAUACACACCUGGACGGGUCACAACAAGGGUAUCUCUUCCAUUCGUUGGUUCCCCAAGACGGCGCAUUUGUUGCUCUCCGGCUCCAUGGACUGUCGCGUCAAACUGUGGGAGGUGUAUGGCGAUCGACGAUGCGUUCGCACCUUCUCCGGGCAUAGGCAGGCCAUCAAGGAUAUUGCCUGGAACAACAAGGGCUCACAUUUUCUUUCCGCCUCGUAUGAUCGCUACAUAAAGCUCUGGGAUGCGGAGACGGGAGAUGUUGUGUCUCGCUUUACCACACGCAAAAUGCCGUUUUGCGUUAAGUUUCAUCCAGACAACAGCAAGCAGCAUCUCUUCGUGGCCGGCACCUCCGACAAGAAGAUCAUUUGUUGGGACAUACGGAGUGGUGACAUUGUUCAGGAAUACGAUCGUCAUUUGGGCUCUGUCAGCACCAUUACCUUUGUGGACGAUAAUCGGAGAUUCGUGACCACGUCGGAUGACAAGUCGAUGCGCAUUUGGGAGUGGGACAUUCCUGUGGACAUGAAGUACAUUGCCGACCCAACGAUGCACUCCAUGCCAGCAGUCACCUUGGCGCCCAAUGGCAAAUGGAUGGCCUGUCAAUCGCUGGACAACAAAAUCGUGAUAUUCUCCGCCCUCAAUCGCUUCAAGAUGAAUCGGAAAAAGACAUUCACUGGCCACAUGGUCUCCGGCUAUGCCUGCCAGUUGGACUUCUCGCCGGACAUGAGCUAUGUGGUGUCGGGCGAUGGCGAUGGCAAGUGCUACAUAUGGGACUGGAAGACGACGAAAAUGUACAAGAAGUGGCAGGCGCACGAUGGCGUCUGCAUCAGUGCCCUGUGGCAUCCGCACGAAGCCAGCAAAUUGGUCACCGCCGGCUGGGAUGGUCUCAUUAAAUAUUGGGAUUAAAUUACAGAAAUAGAGAAUUAAUUGAUAAGCACAAAAAGUAAAAUAUUAAAUGAUUAAAUGAGCUAGAACUUCUGAAUUUU